GACUGAUAAUUGGGAGUCUCGGGGGUCUGACUGUGACAUCACUUCCUGUGUUUUGGAGUGCAGGGGGUCUAUAUAAACUCUGAGGAGUGACUGUCUGUCAGUCCAACACCUGCAGGAGAACAGACAGCCGUCUCACAGUCAGAGAGAGAGAGAGAGAGAGAGAGAGAGAGAGAGAGAGAGAGAGUUGUGUUUUCUUCUGUGGAUGAUGUUGAAGGGUCUGUGGUCUCAUCGGCGUCUGGCUGUCGUCUUACUGAUGGUGAUGACAGUCGUUCAGUGUCAAGACAGCGAAAGCAGACGGGCGGUGACGGAGCAUCAGUUGAUGCAUGAUCGCGGUCGCUCCAUUCAGAGUCUGAAGCGUUUGAUCUGGCUGUCCAGCGCGAUGGAGGGUCUUCACACGGCUCAGACACGCACGCUGACCCCCGGUGACCCUGACACCCGCCCGGGUCUCCUGCGCUCUCAGCCCGGCCACAGGAGGGCGCUGGAGACGCUGCUGAGUGACAUGUACACGCCUCACCUCACCGCUGUGCUGGACGGAGAGAAAUAACACCCGAUGACCUGAAUAAUCACACGGCACUGCUUCGACCAAUCGCGUAUGACAUUGAAGUAAUGUGACGAUAUGAUACACCCUGAUGUCGUUGACCGAUCGGUCUGUGCGGCGCCUCGUGACGUCACCACGUCAUCACUUUCACAGUGUGUUUGAUUUAUAAUUCACACACAAACUGUACGUCUGUAUUGUUGAGUGCUGGUUAGCAAAUGUGGUAUCACACGUUCAUUGCUGUAUAGUCCUGCCUAAAGAUCUUCAAGAUUUAUUUAUAACAUGAUGAAACUUCUCAUCGGAGGUUCAGAUGUGCUUCUUUCUGUAGUCCCAGCUGUUGAUAUGUGAGGGAUUUGAAAGCUUUACAGUAAAUUAGGUCGAUGUCGUGAAUGUCUGUGUUUAGAUUUUAAAGUCCCAGUGAAAUUAAAAAUGACAAUUCGUAUUUUUUCAUGAAAUAUUGCAGCGUUUAUAGUAAACAGUUGAUCAGUGUUGGUGAAAAUUCAUGUACCCUCAAUAAUCUUCAGUUAAUAUCUGAAAAUGCACUUCCGCCCUGAAAUGACUAUCCAUCU